AGAGAUGAUUCAGUACCAGCCAGUGAUGGGAUACAGAUGUCUGUCCCUUAAACUUGACCACACUAUUACAUUCUAAAUGUCGAGGCAUCACUUGUUGUUCCUCAUGAUCGGAGUAUUUGCGCCUCUGAUAACGCGGCCGCUGGUUGGCUGAGAGGCAGUCCUCGUCCCACCGCCGCGGAGCGAACCUGCUGCACAUCGAGGAAAGGCAGAGGACCGGAACGCAUCGCCUCUCCUCUCCUCUCCUCUCCUCUCCUCUUUCAUUUCGCUGGAAGAGAGGAGGGUUUCUCUGACAACAGCCGGCGGCACGGCCCGCGGAGGCGCACACCGGCGCGAUGAUGACAGGCAAAUCUGUGAAAGACGUGGACAGAUACCAGGCUGUCCUCAACUCUCUACUGGCGCUGGAGGAGAACAAAUACUGCGCCGACUGCGAAUCUAAAGGUCCAAGAUGGGCCUCCUGGAAUUUGGGCAUCUUCAUCUGCAUCCGCUGUGCUGGCAUCCAUCGAAACUUGGGCGUGCACAUAUCCAAGGUCAAGUCCGUCAACCUCGAUCAGUGGACCCAAGAGCAAGUCCAGUGUGUUCAAGAAAUGGGAAACGCCAAAGCCAAACGUCUCUACGAGGCUUUUUUACCUGAGUGCUUCCAGCGACCCGAGACGGACCAGUCAGCAGAAAUCUUCAUCAGGGACAAGUAUGAUAAGAAGAAGUACAUGGAUAAGGUCAUUGACAUACAGAUGCUCAGGAAAGAGAAGAGCUGUGAUAACAUUCCCAAGGAGCCCGUUGUCUUUGAGAAGAUGAAGCUGAAAAAAGACAUCAGUCCGAAGACAGAUUCCCAGUCUGUUACAGACCUGCUUGGACUAGAUGCCCCGGCUCCAAGCCCCGCGGUGUCUAAUGGUGGAGGAUGUGUUCCAGACAGUAAUGAGAGCCCAGUGGUGUCUAAUCCAGCUCUGGCACAUCCUGCCCUGGAUCUCUUCAGCUCCCUCCCCGCCCCCUCUUCUGCCUCCUCGACAAAAAACCCGCCGGGUUCCAGCUCCAUGCCUCAGAGCAGAGUGACCGCCUCGGUGCCCGAGAAUCUCAGCCUGUUCUUGGAUCCCAAAUCCAAGGCAGAGGAGGGCGCCGUCAAGAAGCUGUCCAAGGACUCCAUUCUCUCCCUGUAUGCCUCCAGCCCGUCGGUGCACGCCAGCAGCAUGGCUGCACACGGCUUGUACAUGAACCACGUAGGAUAUCCGACGCACCCGUACGGCUCGUAUCACUCUUUAGCCCACGCGGGCGGAAUGGGAGGCACCAUGAUGACGUCCCAGAUGGCCAUGAUGGGGCAGCAGCAGGGCGCCAUGAUGGCCGCCCAGCAAGGCAGCAUGAUGGGAGUCCAGCAGAGCUGCAUGAUGGGACAGCAGAACGGCCUGAUGGGCGCUCAGGCCGUCAUGGCUCAGCCCGGCGGCACCGUGGCGUCGCCCUACAUGACGGGGCUGGCCCCGGGCAUGAUGGGACAGCAGCAAAGCGGAAUGAUGGUCCAGCAGCAGAACGGCAUGCUGGGACAGCCGCAGCCGCAGCAGCAGCACAGCGGGAUGAUGGGACAGCAGCAGGUCGGCGGUCUGAACACGUUACCCCAUCAGCAGGUUUACGGCGCGCAGCAAGCCCAGCAGCUGCAGUGGAACAUCGCCCAGCAUAUGGCAGGCGUGAACCUCUACAACACCAACGGCAUGAUGGGAUACAGCAGCCAACACAUGGGAGGCUCGACGGCGCCGAGUUCAGCGCACAUGACGGCGCACGUGUGGAAGUGAACCCCCUAAAAGAAGAGGAGGAGGAGGAGGAGGACCAGAGGGCGGAGGAAUCUGUGGAUCAGACUUUCCAUGAAACAUUUUUUCUAAAGCGAGGGAGGAGGAGGAGACAGGUGUGCGGAAGGAAAAGGUUGGAGAAACCACUACUACCUCUCUUUCUCUCUCCUCUCUGCCCCAUGCUUCCUCUUGCAUCCAUAGCCAUGUUUUUUGCAGAUUUCCAUGUUUGCCUUCAGGACAUUCUUGGUACGUCGACACCAGACGACAGGGUUCAGACGCCAGCGGUUCGGACGCCACACGCUGCGUGGGCGUCGCGUAGCUGCUUGGUUUUGAAGAAUUCCUUUUUUUUUUUGUUUCUUUUUUUUUCAUACUUAAUCAAAAUCAUCGUUUCGGUUGAGCAUUGACGUUAGAAUAUAAGAUGGCCUGUGUUUAUUUGAUAAAAGCAAGAGGAAGACUCGACAUUUGAGGCUAAAGAAGCUGAUAUUUUUUCUAUUUAUUAAAAACGUUUCCUAACAAGUGUUUACGCAACAGAAGUAGUGACUUUUUAGCAGCAAGUGCAACUUUAUUCAGCCAGCUUUUAAACCUGCAAGGGGUUGAAAUUUUAAGGGAGGAAGCUUUUUAAAAGUGCAAUUCCUCACAUGUGACUAUUUCCUUUGAUAUUUACAUCUAGGGCUAAGUUAGGUUAAGUUCCUCUCGCUCCUUCAUGCUGCAGGCAAGCAGCAAAGGCAUUUCUCAGUUUGUCUGGCUGUGUCUUACAAGGAAACUCUCCACAAAUCCCUAAUUUUUCCUAUAUAUUCAACAUAUGAAAUUUAAAAAUCCCUGAAGUGUCGUGUAUUCCUAGAUCAAUGUACAAGUUAGAACAGCAACAAAGCCUACCUAAACAGACCUUAACUAAGAUGUCUUCUUUUAGAAUCUGCAAUCUCAAUAAUAAGUGUCAAAAAGUCCUAAAAACCAAAGAUCAAUGCAAGCUUUAUUCCGGCUAUACAGUAUUCCAAUAUGCUUUCCUGUAUAGCCCCUUAACUAGUGAUUAGGAGAAAAAUCAACAGCAGUCCAACUGCGUGUUCAGAUUUGAUCUUAAAACUCACUGUGCUAAAUAAAAGAAGUCACUUGCAUGCAGUGUCAUCAUGUAAACGCUCGCGCACCUCAAGUUAAAAAUCUACCUUGUACAAUAGAGGCCUCAAAUCACACUUAAUGUCUGUAAAUAAGAGAGAAACUGGCGGGACGUGAAAUGAACAUAAGGUACAGAUGAGUGGUGUUUCCGAUGCUUCCACUGAACUGCAUGAACAGAAUGUUUUAACUAGCUAUGAUUGUAUAUGUAGUGUGUGUUGUAUUAAGAUUCCCCGAAUGUGUCGCUCUGAAUGUCUCUCUCUGCUGUACAUGUCAACCAGACCAAGACCAAGACGAAGAGGAAAAAAACUAAAAUUAUCAAUGAAUGUUUGUCCUGAAUGUGUUCACGACUACACCGGACACACACACACCACACACACAUUUCAAUGUGUGUGAGCAUUUUUGAUAUGUAUCCCCGUCCAGCCGUGCACACUGUCUGUUGAAUGUUGUGUGGUCAGAAAAGUCCUGUUGUUUAUUUUUUAUUUUUGUGAAUCGUUUGGUUCAGAUCUACGAUCUGCUGGAUUUUUCGCAUUGGAAACUGUGACAAAGCCGAGGACAUGUUCGGGCUGUUCGGAGAUGUUUACACUUGGGCCAGGUCGCAUCGUGAAGCAAAAAGCGUGACAGUCGGUCACCUCGCAUUGUUUUAGUUAAACCUUCCACUAUCCUCUAAUAUAAACCUUCUCUUUUCUGGUUUCUCUUGAAGUUUUCCAUCAUCAUUCUUUAAAAAAAAAAUGCAUGAAUCUGUUAGUGUAAAUAAUCUCAGUCUUUGCACUGGUGUUACGUUGCAGAAAUGAACAAACUGUAACAAAUUUUAAAGUCAGUCAUUACACUGUGGAAGGAAACUU